GCCGCGGUGACCCAGGGCAGCGAGUCCCGGCUAGCGCGUUUCAAGCCGGCUACCCCGUGGAGUCUCGCCGGGCAGGCAGGCUUCAUGGCGGCGGCGGCGGCGCGGCCCGUGUCCCGGAUGCUGCGGAGAGUCCUGAGGUCCAGUGUCCGGAGCUGCAGCUCGGGGGCUCCGGUGACACUGCCUCGCCCCGGAGAGCCCUCCCAGCCAGCCACAGAGGAGCUGUCCAGGCGGAGGCAGUUCCUGAGGGAGCAUGUGGCCCCCUUCUCCGCCUUCCUCACCGACAGCUUCGGCCGGCGACACAGCUACCUGCGGAUCUCCCUCACCGAGAAGUGCAACCUGCGAUGUCAGUACUGCAUGCCCGAGGAAGGUGUCCCACUGACCCCCAAGGCUAAGCUGCUGACCACAGAGGAGAUUCUGACCCUUGCACGGCUCUUUGUGAAGGAAGGCGUAGACAAGAUCCGGCUCACCGGUGGAGAGCCACUCAUCCGGCCGGACGUGGUGGACAUUGUGGCCCAGCUCCACCGGCUGGAAGGGCUGAGGACCAUCGGUGUCACCACCAAUGGCAUCAACCUAGCCCGGCUGCUGCCUUCGCUUCAGAAAGCUGGUCUCAGUGCCAUCAACAUCAGCCUGGACACGCUGGUGCCGGCCAAGUUUGAGUUCAUCGUCCGCAGGAAAGGUUUCCACAAGGUCAUGGAGGGCAUCCACAAGGCCAUUGAGCUGGGCUACAACCCUGUGAAGGUGAACUGUGUGGUGAUGCGAGGCCUGAACGAGGACGAGCUCCUGAACUUUGUGGCCUUAACCAAGGGACUCCCCCUGGACGUGCGCUUCAUAGAGUACAUGCCUUUUGAUGGCAACAAGUGGAACUUCAGGAAGAUGGUCAGCUACAAGGAGAUGCUGGACACUCUCCGGCAGCAGUGGCCGGAGCUGGAGAAGCUGCCCGAGGAGGAAUCCAGCACAGCCAAGGCCUUUAAAAUCCCUGGCUUCCGAGGCCAGGUCAGCUUCAUCACGUCCAUGUCAGAGCAUUUCUGUGGGACCUGCAACCGGCUACGAAUCACAGCUGAUGGCAACCUCAAGGUCUGCCUCUUUGGGAACUCAGAAGUCUCUCUACGGGAUCACCUGCGGGCCGGGGCCUCCGAGGAGGAGCUGCUGAGAAUCAUCGGGGCUGCCGUGGGCAGGAAGAAGCAGCAGCAUGCAGGCAUGUUCAAUAUUUCCCAGAUGAAGAACCGGCCCAUGAUCCUCAUCGAGUUAUUUUUGAUGCUCCAAGAUUCCCCACCAGCCAUUCUGAGCCUUUCCUCCUGGGACCCCCUCCGUGUUCAGGAUCUGAGACACAGAAUGAGUUUCUCCAACCAGGUGGCAACAUUGUGGAAAGGAUGCCGGGUCCCCCAGAUCCCUCCCCUCGCCCACUGGUGGCUGGGGUCUGGCUCCCUUCAGAGACACUACAGUUCCCACCGAGACUCAGCUACCAAUCCAAAGUGCCUUAGCCCAGUGUCCCCCGCUCCUGCCACACACUCAGGACCCCUGCCAACCUCGGACCAGCUAACCCAUGUGAACACCGAAGGACGGGCAGCUAUGGUAGAUGUGGGCCAGAAGCCAGACACAGAGCGGGUGGCUGUGGCCUCAGCCAUGGUCCUCCUGGGGCCUGUGGCCUUCAAGCUCGUCCAAGAGAACCAGCUAAAGAAGGGAGACGCCUUGGUGGUAGCCCAGCUGGCUGGCAUCCAGGCAGCCAAGCUGACCAGUCAGCUGAUUCCUCUGUGCCACCAUGUGGCCCUGAGCCACGUCCAGGUGCAGCUGGAGCUGGACAGCACACGCCAUGCCGUGGUGAUCCAGGCAUCUUGCCGGGCUCGGGGCCCCACUGGGGUGGAGAUGGAGGCCCUGACCUCAGCUGCUGUGGCCGCCCUCACCCUGUAUGAUAUGUGCAAGGCUGUCAGCAGGGACAUCGUGUUGGGGGAGAUCAAGCUCAUCAGCAAGACUGGGGGUCAGCGGGGGGACUUCCAUCGGGCUUAGAGCUCCUGCCCCCUCACCCAUGGCGCAGCCAGAUCAUGCGAUGGGAUGCAAUUUGGGUCAAGAGACAGAUGUCAAGUUCCUUUCGGCCUGUUACUGUUUGCCUUCACAGUAGGAACCGAAGGUCAGCCAGUUCCUCCUGCUGGAUGAUUUACAGUGCCCUGUGGGGUUCUCUUUAUUCAGAGAGGAAACCAGCAGGCCCUCAGCCUUCCUGGACACUCAGGUCAUGGGAGGGCAUUGCAGCAAGCAAUGCUAGAUAACCAAAAAGACACAUUGGGUUAUCUGUGCACUAUUUCAGACAACCAGUUGCAGAUGUGCAGCCUAUAACUUCCACUUCUCAUUGUGGGUUUUCUCUUCUCCUACUUCCCUGGGGAAGAGAAUAAGGGCUCAUUAAGCAGAGGAACCCACUUUGAGGAGGGGAAAAAAGCUUGCAUUAGAAUGUGUCACAACUUCUCAGCAGCUUCCCUUCCCGAGUCUGUGGAGCCACAGCCUGCCCAUCCCAUCCCUCCUGUCCCUCCUUUGAAAGAGCCAGUUAGUCCCUCCUUUGCCUGAGCCUGUCCCCCACCAAACUUGCAGGCUUUCACUUAACAAUUGCACCAUCCUGCUGGCUCCCUCCUGCUAAACAGGACAUACACGUGGGCCGCAGCCCUGAGGACUCCUGACCAACCACACAUCCCACCUGCACACUGCCGUCCCACCCACUACCCACACCCCUUUAUUCCGGAACAUAUCAGGGAAAAAAAGAGUCGAAGAUUGCCUUCACCCUCACAGCACACAAAUAAAGCCACGAUGCCAACUUUGGA